AUGUGGGACAAGAUGAAUGACCGCGAAAUCAAAAUCGACCAAGACAUGAUGAAGCGAGAAUUCCAAGCCAAGACCUCCACGGUGACCUUCGCGAUGCCUACUUCGCAGUCGGAGAAGGUAACGACGCUGCUGGAAGGACAGCGAGAGCAGAAUGUCGGUAUUGUGAUUGGACGUAUCCGACUGGAUGUCCAGGACAUUCGUCAUGCUUUGUUGUUUGUGGACUUCAACGUCCUAACAAGAGAGCUUGUAAUAAGGCUGGCGAGUGCGAUCCCCACUACCUCCGAGCAAGAAGCCUUCUUGGGCUACACGGGCGACGUAAGCAAGCUGAGCAAAGCGAGCCAGUUCGGGUAUUAUCUGUCGGAUAUUCCGAAUCUCCAGGCGCGCGUGAACUGCUUCAAAGUGAUUCUUUCGUUCGAUGACGAGCUGGAACGACUGAAGGGCUCGCUGCAGAAGUACUUCGACGUGAUUCGAAUGGUUCGCAACAACAAGGGGCUCUACACCAUCAUCGAAAUCAUUCUGGCCCUGGGGAACUUCUUGAAUGGAGACAAUCCGCGUGGCGGAGCGUGGGGUUUCCACAUCGGUUUCUUACAGAAGCUGAAUGAGACGAAGACGGCCGACAAUAAGAAGACCUUAAUGACUGUGAUCUGCGAUAUGGUCGCCCAUUCUUACCCGUCCAUUCUGACGGAUUUGCAACAGUUGGAUCAGUUGCAGAUGAUCGAGAAGGUGGAUAUUAAGGAUAUUCUGAAAGAUAUCACCAACCUGCAAGGAGCAAUCAAGUUGGUCAAAGCUCAGAGCGAUUUGAAGCCGUUCUGCGAUGAAGACUUAUUCCCUCAGAAAAUAAGCCCCAAGGUCGGAGACAUGACGACUCGCUUCGAGGAACUCCACAGCUUGCAAGCGAAAGUGAAGGACGCGUUCCGUGACUUGCUGGCUUGGUUUGGAGAGUCGGAGAAGGACUACACGGAGAACACGUUCUUUAAGGUGAUCUCUGAUUUCUACAAGAUGUUCAACAACGAAAUGAGGGAAUUGGAGAAGAGGAAGAAGCAGUCGGAGGAGAUCAAGAGACAGAAGCAGCUGCAGGAAGAGCUGCUGCAUGCGGCUGGGCAGCACGCGAUGGAUGAAUUCCAAAACGAUACGCAGGGAAAGAAUUCUAGAAUGGUGUCACAGUCUUUCAGACAGAGUAUGCGUGGUAUUGCGAGUCGAAAGUCUAUGCAACCGAUGCCCUUUGAGCCUAUAUCAGCACAGGGUCGAAACACGAUUUCUCGACAGCUUGGAGUGCCCACUAAUAGGUUGAGUAUUAUGAGUUCGGAAAGCGAUACGAUGAAUGAAGAAGAUGAUUAUAACAGUCUAAGUCAGAAUGAAUCCGAUAUCAGUGAUGAUUCUUGGAUGAUGCAAGGAAGAAGAUAA